AUCAUCAUCAUCAGCAGCACGUGGAAGUGACGUUGGAAGGGCUUUGCUAUUAAACCCCCACCCCCCUACACACACACACAGCCGUGUACAGUCGUACACUCACUCACACCAGGGAAGCCAGACUACUACACCACCACCACCACCACGACUUACGUAGAGUGCUGGCGUGUAACACGACACACACACACGUGUAACAUCACACUACACACGUGUAACACCACAACACACACGUGGCACACCACACCACACACACACGUGGCACACCACACCACACACACACGUGGCACACCACACACACACACACACGUGUAACACCACUCCACACACACACGCGUGUAACACCACACACACGUGUAACACUACACACGUGUAACAACACACACACACACACACGUGUAACACCACACACGUGUAACACCACACACCACACCACACUACACACGUGUAACACCACACCACACACACACGUAUAACACCACACCACACACACACACCACACACACACGUGUCACGCGUGUGAACAAGCAGCAGUAGUUGUAGCAAGCAGUAAGUGAACACGUCUGCGAUAUACUGUACACACACACACACGAUGAUGAUGAUAGCAGCAGCCGCCGUAGCCACCACCACCACCACUUUUCACCGUCGUCUUUAUCUUUAAUUCCAAGCGACCCACGCUUUGUGCCACCAUCACUGCUGGGAUUUCAGGACACGGACAAACACUCGCACACUCGCAAACAUCUGCCUGCUUGUCGUGCAACAAGAGAAGAUGUGGAGGAGGCCGAGAUGACUUGCGUUGUCACCGCAGCAGCUACGAACAACGACGCUGGUGGCCACCACCCAACUCCGAGGUGCCAUGGGACGGACCACGGCGGUCGUGGUGGCCGCUCUGCUGGCCAUGGCCAUGGGCCACAUUCACAGCGGCGAGGCGUGGGCCACUGGAAAGGGCUUCACCAGGACAAGCGAUGGUGAUGAUCGUGAUGUUGGUGAUGAUGGUGAUGAUGGUGGUGAUGUUCACAAACGCAGCUGUGGACGUGCUGGUUCGUCCGCUGGUACCGGUGGUGGCCGUCUGUAUGGUUGGGGUGGUGGUGGUGGUGGCUUUUGGGAGGACCCACACAAGUUUUCAACUUUUCCCGAGCAGCUGAGGGUUCAGUUGCGAGAAGAUGCUCGUCGCAUGUUCUACGUGGGCUACGACAACUACAUGAGCCACGCUUUCCCCGCCGACGAGCUGAAUCCCAUCGAUUGUCGGGGUCGAGGACCUGACGUGGACAACCCAUCAAACAUCAACAUCAACGACGUCUUGGGAAACUAUUCUCUUACGCUCAUAGAUGCUCUGGACACACUUGCGGUGAUGGGGAAUGCCUCGGAGUUUCAACGGGCGGUGCGGCUCGUGAUGGAGACGAUCUCCUUUGACCAGGACUCGACUGUGCAGGUGUUCGAGGCUACCAUACGGGUGCUGGGCUCGCUGCUGUCAGCACACCUCAUCAUCACGGACACGGCACAGCCAUUUGGCGACAUGGCGCUGCCGGACUACGAGGACGAGCUGCUGCACAUGGCGCACGAGCUGGCGAGCCGUCUGCUGCCCGCCUUCGAGAACACAAACACGGGCAUCCCCUACCCGCGGGUGAACCUGCGUCGCGGCGUCCCGCUCGACGUGUCGGAGGAGACGUGCACGGCGGGCGCCGGCUCGCUGCUCGUCGAGUUCGGGGUGCUCAGCCGCCUGCUGGGCGACCCCACGUACGAGGGGGCGGCGCGCAGGGCCGUGCGCUCCCUCUGGGCGCUGCGCUGCAACACCACCGGCCUGCUCGGGAAUGUGAUCAACGUGCAAAGUGGGCAGUGGGUGGGCAGCCAGAGUGGACUCGGCGCGGGGCUGGACUCCUUCUACGAGUACCUCCUCAAGUCCCACGUCCUGUUCGGAGAGGACGAGGACCUGCACAUGUUCAACGCCAUCUAUGCCAGCAUCCAAACGCACCUCCGCAAGGGGCGACGAGAGUGCAACUCCGGUCAUGGGGAGCCACCGCUCUACGUCAACGUGAACAUGUGCAGCGGCCGCAUCAUCAACACCUGGAUCGACUCUCUGCAGGCCUUCUUCCCGGGCCUUCAGGUGCUGGCCGGGGAUGUGGAGGAGGCGAUCUGUCUUCAUGCGUUCUACUACGCCAUCUGGCAGCGCUUCGAGGCUCUUCCCGAGCGCUACAACUGGCAGCUCAAGGCACCCGAUGUCCACUUCUACCCCCUGCGGCCUGAGCUAGUGGAGUCCACUUACCUCCUGUAUCAGGCCACAAAGAAUCCGUUUUACCUGCACGUCGGCCAAAAAAUUCUGCAGAGCAUCGAGAAGCACACAAGAGUGAGGUGCGGCUACGCGACGCUCCACCACGUCAUUGACAAGUCCAAGGAGGACCGCAUGGAGAGCUUCUUCCUGAGCGAAACCUGCAAGUACCUCUUCCUGCUUUUCGACAUUGAGAACCCCGUGCACGUGGGCGGCCGCGCAUUCAUCUUCACCACCGAGGGACACCUGCUGCCCGUCGGCCGCCAACUGCGCAGGAAAAAGCUCGCCGGUGGCAGUGGCGCCAAUGGCGUCGCGGGGAAGGCCCAAGGAGCCUCAGGUGAGAGUGAAAGCGGCGACGCAGGGGACGCCUCCGCCGUCUGGCAAAGCCAACGAUCCUGGACGACGACGACGACGGAGCUGCCUGGCGCUGCCUCCAACUCCAGCUGUUGGCGGGUGAACCCGGAGAGAAGAUUUUCUUUGCCACUGAAGCCAAUGUACAUGCAGCAGAUUGAAAGCAUGGUGGGGCUGCUGUGAAUAUGCCAGUAAAUCUCUCAAUACGUGCCUCAUCCACGUGAUGAAUGUAGAAACAAAAAAAAACCUCAACUACUUUUCAACUGAUGCGCUGGCACCUGUGGCUUGGAAAAAAAAAGUGCAAAGGCUACAGCCAGGAUAAACAAAUAAGGGGCUACAUCGGUAGCUGUGCACAAGAACACAUACUAAAAAAAAGCCGAAACCAGGUGCCUUGUAACAAAAAAAUAUAUAAUAGCCGGAGGAUUUGGGGCUAGCUUGUCCAUCUUGGAUAUUAAUGAAAUCGUUUAAGCUUCAACGAAGGGCUCGGCGAGUCUCAGAAUUGUCUCUGAGGAGGGUCCUGCAUCGGGAUGUUUGGGCAAUCCUAUUUAUAGGUGUUUUUGCACUUCUAAAUUAUUGAAGAUCUGUUCGUUAUGCAAUCUGUCAAUGACGAAAAAAAAGCAAACCGCAUCUUUCAACUCAAUACAGUUAAUUUGUCCGUUAAGAUUAUGCCUUGAGGCACCGCAGGGUAGGGAGAAAUUCAUCCGACUGUAAAAACGGCACUCAAAGCCGUACGCUCUGCGCGCUGCAGAGGGGCCGUUGCCCGAAACGUUACCCUGUCGCAUAAUGAAAUCUCUUUAACGGGCAGUAUUUAUGACGAACGUGGUGAGAGUUUUUGUUGUGUGCGCUGUGCUCAAACAGACAAACAUCUAUGCAAUAGGGAUGUCUGAUUUGUCUUGUUUUAUGUCAAUUAGUCGCUGUUGUACCGAGUUGUGAAAGUUUGCUGUUUUGUAAAGAGCAGAGUUUACAUGUUCAUAAGCAGUGCUUCCUCUGUCUCACUGGCAGUGGUGUUGACCGUCUGACAUGGGUUUUUGAAAGUUAAAGCCGUGGGCUAUUUAUUACGCAUCGGGGUCGCUCUAAACCGGCGGACGUUUGAUGAUGCCUUUGAUUCAUUGAUCGAUAUCCAGUCUUCCACUCGCGAUAACGUGCAUCACAUCGUCUGUGUGAUGCACGUAUCAGUGCAUCACAUCGUCUGUGUGAUGUACGUAUCCGUGUACUUCAGCGGACCAAUGAAAACAUGUACGGUCGCUCGGAUAUGAAUACUGACAGGAAGUCGGGGCACAUCAGAGCCUUUUAUCUAUCGAGCGGCACAUUGCGACUGCCGCAAGCGUUGUUACGUUACGCAUCGAUUAACAUCGAUUCCAAUGCUCAUGGUAACAUGCGUCGAAUCGCGCGCGUAAAACAAAUGCAUUACUAUCGAUUCGUGUCUGCUGUACGUAGUUGGUUCACGUGACCCCCCCUGCAGUCACACGUGGCCUCAACAUUCUCCAUGGUGCUCAAAAUAGUUUUUCUUAUUGAAUCGAAUUACGACCCAGAAUUGCCAGGGGGUGCAUCAUCCUACCCCUAGUCGGCAUGGUCUCUGCACUGUGUCGCGUGCCAGGCCAGGUCCUGUUUCUUGCAGUCAGCCAGUGACUGUGACCCGUGGAAGACGAGGUGUGGAUGUUCAUCGUCUUGAGGGGGAAUCAGUGUGGGCAGUGCCUUCCCGUGUAAGCACAGUCUACUCCAAAGUGGCCCCACAGUGGCCCGUUUUCAUUUUGAUAGGGGUGGGGAAUCUGCAUCCACUGUGAGGCGGCCCGCAAGUUCGAUUUAUCCGACACGGCAAGCAUCUUGGCUGCAUUUAUCGGGUGCACGACAUCAAUAUUUUCACCAAAAAUUAGACACGCACUUUAUCCCUGAAUUUAGCACGCGGAAGUCAUUUUUCUGUCACUGCCAAGGGCCUCUUGCAGUGACAGAAGUGACCGAGGUGUGGGUGUGUUCGUGGGUGACCCGCCAAAGGUAUUUGAAAAUUCAUUUGGCUCUCGAUAAAGCAGGAGGUUCCCUCACCCCUUGUUUUUGUGACGAGGACGACAGCAGAUGUGGUCCAUUGGAGCACGACUUGGGGAAACAACGAGUUGUGCGGGCAAAGAAACGAUUUGCGGCAACAGCUGCGCACGGUGACUUUUGUGGGCAUUGUCGUACCCUUAAAUUGGCUUGGAGUUAUAUGACUAUAUUUUUGAAAAUUCAAAUAGAGCUGUGAUAAUUUACAGAUGAUAAGGGUGCGUGGAUAUUUUGUUUAUAACUAAAAAAAAUUCCUCUUGGGCACUUUUAAUGCGCCGCUGCGAGACGUUGACUUUAAUCGCUGAAUGGAUGAAAAUAUUCACGAGCUGUACGUUACCGUCGUCUGAUGUGGGGCGUUGGGCUUUUGAAGCCCUGUCCGUUAUUGAAAUUUGAGCCAUAACCCGUGCUUGAGAAAACCCACGAGUGUUAGAAGUUAGGCAAAUAUCCAGUUUUUUUUCUGGCUUCGUUUACAAAGCCAACACAGGACCACUGAUCUUUUUUUUAUUAUUACACAAGGCAAAAGAACAAGUACUCUAUUUCUGUUUGGUAGACAAUCAAAAUAACUCGGCCAAUGUGUAAUGAUAAAACUCGUGUAAGUUUUCAAAGUUUAUUGAAAAUACAGCCUUAGCACACUCAAGUACAGUACGUGAGGACACACUUAACGGCUCUGGCCAUUCAUGGUUGAUUACUCUGAGCCAGUUGUAAUUGAGAAAAUGGAUUGAUAAAUAAAUGAAUAAACAGAGUAUAUAUUCUUUCUUAUAAUAUAAGUGGUAAUUGUGCCAUAUUUGUGUCACAAGCAAUGGGGAGCAAUAUCGAAAAUACAAUGCGUGUCAUGCGUGUAAUGUGCCUUCGAAUUGUGAAAUAACGAUGUCGAAAUGAUAUUUUUCUAAAUACACUGAAAUAAAGUUAUUGGUGCAUC